AUGCUGGUGGAACUUCUCCCGUUGGCCCAGACCUCUCGGCUGGACUUUGGCACGCAGACCGAUUCCCACGAAACAGAGCUGCGCCCAGAGCGAGAUCGAGCAGAGCUGCGCCCGCCAGGAGAUCGCAGAGCCAAGAGAGAGGCCCGGGCCUCUGACGGUGUCACGGCGCCCGGGCCCGUGUCAUGUGCUGAGUCCCUCAUGGAGCAACUUCGCAAAUCGAAGAAGCGUGGGGGUGAGCUGCAGGCAGCUCGGGAGUUGGCCCGCGAGGAGUUCCUGACGUGUCGCUCGGAACUUCAAGAGUGCCAGGCCACGCUCCGCAGACAAGUGGUCCGAUCUGAUGGCAGCGAGCCUACAUACGAGUCUCGUGAGGCCCGAGGCUCCCUACGGAGCUCCGAGAAGGAGUCUGAUGUGACGACCUCCCUCAUGGACUCAAAGGAUACUGCACCAAUAGGUGAAGAGUUCACUCUUCGCCCACCCGAGUGGAAAGGUGCACCAGGACAAGCCAGGCUUUCCCAGUGCUUUGGCACUCUGCGAAAGCUCCAUCAUGAGCUUUCCAAAGAGCUGCAGAGUCGAUCCAAAAGCCAAGGCAAGCCAGAAGAUGUUUGGGAGACCCGGCCGAAAGGUAGCUGCUGA